AAGAGCCGGUGUCCUCCAGGCAAUUUUCACGCAGUUUGCUUCACGACUUCAUGUCGCCAAUGCGACCGCCGAUCGCAUUCUGCUCAAGUGCAUUGAGCUCAGACAUUUCUGUCGCAUUACCUUCAGAUUUUUAAUAUUUUUGUGUGUGUGUGUGUGUGGUUGUGCCUUUGAAGAUUUUCGUAAUGAAUUACUGCAUGUCAGACAUGUAUGACAUAGGCCACGGUGUGAGCGGGGGAUAUGCGGGGCCUCCCGGAGGUGAGUACUGCAUGUACGCUGGAGAAGGGCCCGGUUUCGCUCGCUGUGAGCCGCAGCCGUUACACCACCAUCCUCCCAGCAUGGAGCAGGCCUGGCCGCCCAGCCAGCCCUAUGGGUGGCCGUUCACUGGGGGCAACCCUGUGUUCAAGAGCGAGUUGUGCUCCAUGGACGUGCCUCUCACUCACUACCACCAACCAGACUACUACUCCGACGGCAGGCCAGACUUCUCUCAGAUGCAGUGGAUGCAGGGGCCACACAGGAAAGGGUACAUACCAAGUUACCUGGACAAGGAUGAGCUGUGUGUUGUGUGUGGGGACAAAGCGACUGGUUAUCAUUACCGCUGCAUUACCUGUGAGGGCUGCAAAGGUUUUUUUCGACGCACAAUUCAGAAGAACUUGAACCCGACAUACGCAUGCAAGUACGAGGGCAAGUGCGUCAUUGACAAAGUCACGCGCAACCAGUGCCAAGAAUGUCGCUUCAAGAAAUGCGUCGCUGUCGGCAUGGCAACAGACUUGGUGUUGGAUGACAGCAAGCGUCUGGCCAAGCGGAAGCUGAUCGAGGACAACCGCGAGCGGCGGCGGCGCGAGGAGCUGCAGAAGACUGUGUGGGAGCGACCCGAGCCCACGCAGGAGGAGUGGGAGCUCAUCCGGGGCGUCACCGAGGCCCAUAUGGCCACAAACGCCCAAGGCAACCACUGGAAGCAGAAGCGCAAAUUCCUGGUCGAGGAAGCAAUGCUACUUAAUGAAAUAACAUGUAAUUUAUUCUGUACUUCUGACCAGAGUGCAGUGGGGGUGAAGGAAGCCAAGCCCGAGGACAUCGGUUCUGCGCCCAUCGUCAACGCACCAGAGGGGAGCAAAGUGGACAUCGAAGCCUUCAGUCAGUUUACAAAAAUUAUCACCCCCGCCAUCACUCGUGUUGUGGAUUUUGCCAAAAAGCUGCCCAUGUUCUGUGAGCUGCCUUGUGAGGACCAGAUCAUUUUGCUGAAGGGCUGCUGUAUGGAGAUCAUGUCUCUGCGAGCGGCGGUGCGAUACGAUCCCGAGAGCGAGACUCUGACGCUGAACGGGGAGAUGGCCGUCACACGGGGCCAGCUCAAGAACGGGGGUCUGGGCGUGGUCUCCGACGCCAUCUUUGACCUGGGCGUCUCGCUGUCCUCCUUCAACCUGGAUGAUUCGGAGGUGGCGCUGCUGCAAGCCGUGAUUCUGCUUUCCUCCGAUCGUCCAGGUUUGACGAGCGUAGAGCGGAUAGAGCGCUGUCAGGAGGAGUUCCUCUUGGCCUUCGAACAUUACAUCAACUACCGCAAGCACAAGGUGGCUCACUUCUGGCCCAAGCUGCUGAUGAAGGUGACAGACCUGCGCAUGAUCGGUGCCUGCCAUGCCAGCCGCUUCCUGCACAUGAAGGUGGAGUGUCCCACGGAGCUCUUUCCGCCCCUCUUCCUGGAAGUGUUCGAAGACUGACAGCCAACCAGUCAGGCCAAGCUGCUCCCACCAACACGACCUCCCUCAGACUCCAUCUCCCUGUUCCCGGUCACAUGACUCUGUUCCCGGUCACAUGACUCUGUUCCCGGUCACAUGACUCUGUUCUAGCACUACUGAGCGUCAUUUCAUUCCACAGUUUUAGGAGUAGCUCUCUGGCCUAUUUUGAAUGGAACCAUUCCUUUUACAAAGCGGGUACAUGUGAAUAGCGUUACAGUUUUUUUCUUUCACUCUUUGUAAAAAGAAAAAUCAGCUUUCUGUUACUCUAGUUUUUUUUUCCCAAUGUUAAAUUGUUUUGUUUCUGAUCAUAGUCUUUGAUGCCACUUAACGGAGAUGUAUGAACUAUGCAUUCGGGUUUCGUGUCACACGUCAGGCCUCAGAAAGGAGACAAAGAACACCAUACUGCGUAGGAGGACCGCAAUGUUUGGUUUCCUUUCACGUCCCUUAUCUGUUGGCCUAAAGGUCUUUUCAUUCUCACAUUAAGCCAUAGAUUGUUUAUAGUUCUGAUCCAAACCCUAAGUGAGCUGCCUACCUAGACAACAUUUCAAGACCGAAUAGGAACAUCCUUAUAUUGAGACAAACGAGGGCUCUUGAAUAUCGCAAUUGUGUUUUCUAGACAAGAUCACUACAUGGAAAGCAAAUUGUGACUUGCCCCAGCAGGCACAGGGCAUCAGUAUAACGUCAGGUUGACGUCACAUUUUGGUUGAGAAUGAAAAUCGUGUUGACGUUGACUUAACUUUAUUUUGGUUACACAACCUAAAAACAACAAAUAUCACCGUCAGCUGAUGUCGGUAUUGAACAUCAAAUUAACAUUUACAUUAGACAUUGAAUUGACAUUGAAUUUUGGUCACCUGACAUCGCAACCGAAAUUUAACCAAAUAUCAGCGUCUUGUGACGUUGUGUGCCUGCAGGGAAAUUUUCCUGCUGCUCUUGAGAGUGAAAUCAGAGUAAUAUUACAUCUUACUGCUCUUCACAUUCAUUUUAUCGCUCUGUACUCUUGUGCAUUUGUAUCUCGUGUUUUCUCUGACAUUUUAGGAGAAACAUCUGGAAAAUUUUUUAGAAACCCCUGAGAAUUCCAGAAAGCAACCUCAGAGCAAUAAAAUGGUCAUGUGAACAGUAGGCAUAAAAUUAUACUGCCUUCUAAUGUCAGGAUUUUCAAAGUUUCUUUCACACUGUGUACACAACUGUUUUUUUAAUUUGCUGGGUUCACACAUUGCACAAUAUUUCAUUAGGAAGAAUCUCAAACAAAGCAUAUCAUUUACUAAAUGCAUGCAUGAGAAGUGAUACAGAGAAUGAUCUCUCAUUGGCUGUAGGUCGUCGCUGAUGUCAUUUCCAGUCAAAACAUGCUGCAAGACUCAGAGGCUGCAUUCCAGUUCAUUUUUUAUGCCCUUCACUCGCUAACUUCCCUCCGUCUCGUUCACUCGGAUGUCAUUGAUUACGUUGCAUGAGUGCCCACUUCUGGCGGGCUGAACUGGAACGUCCUAAACCCUUGAUCACUUAAAAUCCGCUAUGGAGUUAGAUUAUUGUUUACAUUUUUCUCCUUAUUAAUUUGUUUGGUGCAGCAUUCUAUACAUAUAUUGGUAUGC